AUGCGCACGCGAUCAACUAAUACCCAGACGGCAAAUCCCAGCUCUACACCGACCAAAAGAUCGCACAAUGACUCUGAUUACACAUCUUUCGACGAGCUGAAAGCCAAUAUCAAGCGCAAAACGCGACGGAAAUCUUCAUCAAUCACAAAGAAAGCCACCGAUAAGAGAGCGCCCAAGUCCAUGAAGAGGAAGAACGAGAACGGGCUACUUGACUUCAAGACAAAACCUACUGACGACAAACUCGUUGAUUCACCGCCUUCGGCCAAAAAGUUCUCUGAAAAGAGGUUUGCCGCCUGGUCCCAACAUGCCCAAUCAUCUCCAUACCCCGACUUCCUCCGGCCAACCCAUGACGAAUGUCGGGUCGCUUAUAAUAUCCUGGAAGGACUCCAUGGAGAUGUGAUUCGGGAAGUCUUUGCAGAUCCAGAUGCCCCAGCCCAGGAGUAUCCAUAUGUGAUGGAUGCUUUGGUGGUAGCUGCCCUCAGCCAGGCGACUACUUGGAACAAUGCCAAGCGUGCCAUGAAGAACAUGAAGGGUGUGUACGGGUCCCCAUCCAACUACGAGGCAAUUGUGGAAGGCGGUAUGGAGAAGUUGGUGGAUGCGCUGCGACCCGGCGGGAUGCAGAACAAGAAAGCCAAGAUUCUCAUGCAGCUGUUGGACGAUGUAAAGACUCGGCAUGGCAAGUGGGAUCUUCAGCACCUCUUCAACGCUACCGAUGAAGAAGUUGUCGAGGAAGUGGUCAGCUACUGGGGCCUCGGGACAAAGUGCGCGUUUUGUCUGAUGAGCAUCUGUCUAAAGCGGGAUGCCUUUGCUGUGGACACCCACAUUUACCGCAUCACGGGUCUCUGGGGUUGGCGACCACGUGAUGCGUCAAGGGAGCUGGCGCAGGCCCAUCUAGAUGCUCGGAUACCCAACGAGCUGAAGUUUGGGUUACACUAUCAAUUCAUUGUCCACGGCCAGAAGUGCUCUGUCUGUCGAGGCAACGGAGAUGGCAGAGCCGUGUGUGAGUACCGAGUGCUACUGCAACAGCGUAGAGAUUCCAAGGAGGAUAUGGCAAAUUUGUAG